CUCUCUCUCUCUCUCGGCAAAAACAUGGAAAAAAGAAGAAUGGGGGCACUCCUUAUCUUUCUGGCCACAGUCCAAGGCUCGCUCGCCGGAAUCCCCCACGAAAUCCACCCCCUCCGGCCACGGUCAGGCUCCGCCGGCGAGCUCUUGCGCGGCGUGUCCUGCCUGAGCUGGAGGUUGGGCGUGGAGACUAACAACAUCAAGAGCUGGAGCACGGUCCCGCGGGAGUGCGAAGGCUACGUGGGUCACUACAUGCUGGGGCAUCAGUACAGGGAGGACUCGGAGGUGGUGGCGCGCGAGGCCGUGCUCUACGCGACGAGCCUGAAGCUCGCCGGAGACGGCAAGGACGUGUGGGUGCUCGACAUCGACGAGACCUCCCUCUCCAACCUCCCUUAUUACGCGAAGCAUGGGUUCGGAGUGGAGCCCUACAAUUCAACGCAGUUCGACGAGUGGGUCAUGACCGGCGAGGCGCCGGCUCUGCCGGAGACGCUGAAGCUGUACCGGGAACUGUUGAAGCUGGGGAUCAAGCCCAUCUUCCUCACCGGAAGGAGCGAGGACCAGAGGAAGAUCACCACCACCAAUCUCAGGAACGCCGGUUACCACAAGUGGGAGAUGCUCAUCCUGAAGGGUUCUACUUACUCUGGGAAAACAGCGGUGGCGUACAAAUCAAACGAGAGGAGGAAGGUGGAAGAGAGCGGGUACAGAAUCGUCGGCAACAUCGGCGACCAAUGGAGCGACGUGCUAGGAACCCAUUUCGGCAACCGGACCUUCAAGUUGCCCGACCCCUUGUAUUACAUCAGUUGAUCUCAUGGUCGAUGGUGAUUCACUACCAAUAAAUCUCUCGAGAGGAACGGGGGGUAAUGCAUUGAUUAGAUGUAU